CUACUGGCUCGCGUCACUGCCCGUCGCGCGGACGAGGAAGCUGUCGGGAAACCGGGACCCUCGCGCCUGCGUAGAACGCAGCUCGCCGCGCGCGGGAAGCCCCUACCGGCGCCCAACCGUUUCCCACCUCCGGGACGCCGGCACCCCAGGCAAAGCCUCUGGGAGGAAGAGGGAGGGUAAGAGCGUGACUCUUCUGGCCCCGGACCGCGGCCAGGGCGGGACCCGGGACCGAGUUGCCUUGGAGGAGCUGACCGGGGCGGAGCAGCCCCUGGAUUUCUACAGAGGAGCCACUCUGACAGAGGCCUCUGUCCCGAACCAGAGAUGGCAUCGGUAGAUUUCAAGACCUACGUGGACCAGGCCUGCAGAGCUGCAGAGGAGUUCGUCAAUGUCUACUACACCACCAUGGACAAGCGGCGGCGGCUGCUGUCCCGCCUGUACAUGGGCACGGCCACCUUAGUGUGGAAUGGAAAUGCUGUUACAGGACAAGAAGCCUUGAAUGAGUUUUUUGAGAUGUUGCCUUCCAGUGAGUUCCAGAUCAACGUGGUAGACUGCCAGCCUGUCCAUGAUGAAGCUACACCAAGCCAGACCACAGUCCUUGUGGUGAUCUGUGGAUCAGUGAAGUUUGAGGGCAACAAACAGCGGGACUUCAACCAGAACUUCAUCUUGACCGCCCAGGCCUCACCCACUAAUACAGUGUGGAAGAUAGCAAGUGACUGCUUCCGGUUCCAGGACUGGGCCAGCUAGUGGGGUGAGAAAGGCUUCUUGGCUUCACCCAGCUCCGCAGAGGAAUGCCAAUCUCAGAUCUCAGGAUGUGGAGGACACAGUUCGUUUUUGUUGUCACAGCAGCACUGCAAACUGGAUGUUAGACUCCCAGAAACCCCUUUCCUGUUUGUCAUCCUUGCCUUUUGAAAGUAGUAAACUUGCUAUUUUUCUACUUAACAGUAGAGACCCUGUUUCUGGAAGUUGACAAAUAAUUUAAAUGUUGCUUCUCUGCCUUAUGUGUCUAAAUUUUGAGAAGGACGGAGGAGCCUGACAGGCAGAAAACAGUAGAAAGCACCUGUGGAGGUGGAAGGGUCCAGGAAGAGCUCCUAUCCCAGUGUGAACGCUGUGGGUAGCACUAGCCACACUAGAAUCCUCAGAACAUUGCGAAUUACCUGUCCUAGGCCAUAUCCCUAGCCAGCACCUCCACCACAAAUAAGAUUUCUGGGCAUUGGCAUUUUACUAUUUUUCAAAAGCCCUUGUGUUAAUGUGUGAUUAAUAAAAAAGGUGAUGAACCUGACAGUAGGCUUUGCCUUUAGCACCUGGGAUGGGAGUGACUGGUGAUAAAUGUGAAGAGUUAGCUGAUGGCUGAGUGCUGCUCCUGCCAGAAGCACCAAGGUUAGAGGGAACAUGAGAGGCUGCAACUACAAAGGACCCACUUUUCAGUCUGAGUUAUUGCUAGAUUGACAUGUGAUUAGAUUCUGGCCAACGAAGCAGAAGCUGAAGGAUUGAACUGGGGUAUUUUGCUUCAAUUAAACCUUCACUUCCUGACUGCUAGACCACUUCAUCUUGAGUGACAAGACCAUCUGGAUGUGACCUAAAGGUAGGGUCCUCAGGCAGUACCACAACUGCAUGUGGGGAGCACAACUGCCCGAGUAGCCCGACUUAACUGUAUGUCUCAGCCAGUCAUACCUGUGAUAGAACUCCAAAGCCACAUCUAGCGCAGUCAAACCAGUCCUACAGGCUUGGUGACAAGAUGAAACUCGAAGUUCAGGCUGAGAUGCUACUAACGUGUGAAAUAGCAAACAGGUUUCUACCAUGAAUUCACUUAAGAUCCUGGAACACUAAACAUGACCCUUAGGAAGACAGGAAAGAAGAAUGGAGGAGAAUGAGAAGUUUCAGUCAUUUGAAAAAACAUGUUGCUGAGCUUUAAGUACCACAAACUGUCACCUUGAUACAAAUGCCCUGGAGUCAAAGAAUUAAGGUCUUUAAACUCUAUCCUGUCCAAAAUAGCAAAAAUAGAAUGGUGUUCACUUUCCAGGCUUGGAACAGACAUAUUCUUAAGGUUCCGAUUUUCCUGGCACUCUGGGAGUGUUUGAAUCUGAAUUAACAUGGCUUUCAAAAGACAAGCUUUGCUCAAUAUCCAUUCCACACUCCACCUCACUUCUUUCUGCUAGCGUCCUCCAGUUCUCCCCUUCACCUCUGUUCUCCAGGUUACUGUUCCUUACUCCCUGCCCUGACAGGGUUUCCCCCUGUAUCCCUCCAUCAACCCACCUCCCUUUUGCCCUCCCUGCACACUCAAGCCUCACCAGAGUGCACUUCACACACAAAGAACAGGUGAGCACACCCUGCUGUCAGCACCAGGCAGGCUGCUGUCACACUGCAAACCAGAGCACACACCCAGGGACCUGGAAAAAGUAGUAAGAAAGAAGGUGCUGCCUUCUGGCGCUGCAACAGCCACAUUUUGUUUUGGAGCAAUAAAGGCAAAGUUUGCUUUAAUCACAAA